GUUUAAUGGAGUUGUUAUCUGAGCUCGUCCUUUGCCAUGCAGUCUUCAUUAACACCGCUCGUAACACGGGGCAUAAAUGUUCUCCUUCCGGGUGCUGACAGUCCACCCAGAUGGACGGCCCGUUCAUUAGCCCAGAGACAAUUUUGAAGGAGCAUGGCGAGCGCAGACUGUCUGAAUAACGAUGGAACCAAAAACUUUUGGAAUAUUGAAUAACAUACAACAUCUGCUUCCCAUGGCUCCUGAUAGCGUCAGGACUGCAGGUCUUUAAUGAGCUGGUGUAGGGCGAGCACUUUCAUGGGUGCUCGUGUGGAUUAGCGUUUAUGGGCCAUGCCAGCGGUAAUGAUGCCUCUUCCCCCUUGACUGCCUGUGACAUUUUUUUUUUUUUGUUGUGUUUCCUUUAUAGGACUCGCUGAGGCCCCCCUCCCUCGCCCCAAGGCCUAUAUCGGUCGCUCUGCUGGAGCCCCCCGUUUUCUAAAGUCCUGGGAUUGAAAGAAGAGAAGAAAAUGCAGAACAGAACGGCGGGAGCAACAGACGGGAUCGAGCUGAAAUGUGGAUUGUCUGGAAGUCACAAACUGAUCUUCACCCUGGUGCCCAUCGUCUACGGCUGCAUCUUCAUCAUCGGCAUCGUGGGGAACAGCAUGGUGGUGGCGGUCAUCUACUGCUACAUGAAGCUGAAGACGGUUGCCAACAUCUUUGUGCUCAACCUGGCCGUGUCCGACCUCACCUUCCUCACCACGCUGCCCAUGUGGGCCACCUUCGCCGCCACGGGCUACCACUGGCCCUUUGGGGGAUUCCUGUGCAAGGCUAGCGCCGGCCUCGUCAUGUUCAACCUCUACACCAGCAUCUUCUUCCUCACGGCGCUCAGCAUCGACCGCUACCUCGCCAUCGUGCACCCGGUACGAUCGCGCCGGUUGCGCACCGUGGUGUACGCCCGCGUCACCUGCGUGGUGAUCUGGCUUUUCGCCUUUCUGCUGAGCGUUCCCACGGCGCUGACCCGAGACAUUCACCACAUCAAGAACUACAACACCACGGUGUGCGGCGUUCUGCACCCGAAGAACGAAGACGCCAUGAGGCUGAAGGAGUUCCGGCUCGCCAUCAACCUCAUGAAGAGCCUGCUGGGCUUCCUCGUACCCUUCGUCAUCAUCAUCACGUGCUACUGCCUCAUCGGACGGGCGCUCGUGGGGGCGAGGCAGAUCCAGAAGAGCACUCGUUCCCGUGACGACGAGGUGCUGCGCAUGCUGGCGGCUGCCGUCCUGGCGUUCUUCCUGUGCUGGGGGCCCCACCAGGUGUUCCACCUGAUGCAGGUGCUCACGCAGCUGAUCCUGAAGGACAACUGCGCCGUGUUGGAGAUCAUCGACACGGCCAUGCCCUUCACCAUCUGCAUCGCCUACUUCAACAGCUGCGUCAACCCCAUCGUGUACGGCUUCGUCGGGCGCAACUUUCGCAGGAACUUGCUGCGUCUGCUGCGCUGCUCGCCCCGCGGAGCAACGGGGCCCCACCCGAGCAUCAGCUCCAAGGUGAGCGGCUUCUCUUUCAGGACCUCUGAGGCGUUAAGUCUCACGAUCAAAAGUAAAGCGUCCUCCGAUGUUAAGUGAUAAAAAAAAAGGAGGGGGGCAUUCUCACUCUCCCCCGCUCGACCCGUCUGCAGUUAAAGAGCGAGGGACGGAGACAUUCAACGAUUUAAAAAAAACCCAACAUGCAGAAUGGUUGAAAUUGUUGUUUUCAUGUCCCUCUGUGAUGAUGUCAUCGAGACAUGCAUCCAUCCAUCCAUCCAUCCAUCCAUCCAUCCAUUUCCUUCCCCUGGAAACGAUACCUAUUUAUGUAAAGAACAGGAUCGACAAAAACAUCAGAGGUACAACAACCAGUCCAUGUGGGACGCCAAAAUCCACAUGAAUCAAAAAAAAUUCCUCACAGGAGCUUUAAAAAAUUAUUGAAAACAUGUCAUGAUGUCAUCGAGACGUUUACUGACCUUGUACAGUGCUUAUCUGCAGGUUUGAUAUUCACAAGCUGUCAUGUCAUGCAACACACAUGGUCGUCGUAUCCCCGCCCUAUGAAACGAACGUAAUCGCCCCGACAUAAAUGUAUUAUAUCAAUGGAGCAUUUCCAUAUGUACGCAUAGCUUAUCCCAUUAUUUAUCAAAUAAAUGCAUAUUCUGCAGGAUUCUGCUUACAGCGCAAUACUUUAUAUCGUCCACUGAUAACGGCUCUGUGUGCUCAGCAGGUUGAAACAGUGAUCAAGUGUUCAGCUAAGACCCCCCCCCCCCCCC